AUGCUUGAUCCAAGAGAUGAAGAAAUCAAUGAAGAUGAUUUACUUAGUGAAGACUCGUCAGAUGAAAUAAAAGAUUUACAAAAGGAAUAUCAGUUAAAAUUUGAAGCUAUUAAAAAGAAAGCAGCAGAAAAGAAAAAAAGAAAACAAGAAGUUUCAGAACCAGAAGUACUAAGGUCACCAACAAAAACAAAAGCAAAAAUAGAGCCACAACCAACUAAUCGAGAUAUUGCAAAACCUCAAAAACCAGCAAAGUCAUCAGGAUUUCUAUCACAAUUAUAUGAGGCAAAUUUAAACAAAACAAAAGAAAAAUAUUCAAGUAUUGAUUAUGAUAAACGUAAAUUUGAAUUUGAUUUUACAGAUAUGCAAAUAGAAACGAAAGAUGUUAAGGAAAAAUGUUCAAUAUCAGGAUACUAUUUGAGAAAAAGAUACUACCUCGAGGCCAAAAUCACACAAUUGCUAGCUGAAACAGAUCCUGGACUAAAAAUCAUGAAAAUUGAAAAACUACUAGCUAAAACCAAUAAAACAAAUAAGUAUACUGAACCACUAUAUACAAAUUGGUGUUUAUUAGGAUUUAUUAUCAACAAAUCACAAGUUUUAUAUACAAAGACUAAUAAGAAGUAUAUGAAAUUUAAAGUUGGGAGUUUCAACAAUGAAAUUGAAAUCAUUUUAUUUGAUGAUGCAUUUGAAAGAAAUUGGAAAUUACAAGAAGGUGAUUUAAUUUUGGUAUUAAACCCUAUCAUCAAUAAAUAUGAAAUUAAGAUUAAUGAAACAGAAUGUAAAUCUGGAUUUAAUUUGAAAGUAGAUAAUUCAAAUAUUAAUAGUAUAUUAGAAAUAGGGUCCAUAAAAGAUUUUGGUAAAUGUCAGUUCAUUAAGAGAUCAGAUAAUCAAAGAUGCUCAAAUGUAAUAGAUAUAAGUAAAACAAAACUCUGUGAUGUUCAUUUAGAUAUGAAAUUUAGAUCAAGUUCUAGAAUGGAAUUAAAUAGUGUUACAAUGAGAUCACCAUCAAAAACUAAAAUGUAUAUCAACAAUAAAAACAGCCAAAUUUAUCUAAAAGAGUUUAAUGAAAACUCAUCAUAUUCAAGUUCAGGGUAUGGUAAAAUUGAUCAAAAAAAAUUUCAAGAUCCAAAAAUUUUACAAACAAAAUUGAAAAAAAGAAAAUUAAUGAAUGAAAGAGCCAAUUCACUUUUGGAAAAUAAAUUAUCGAAACUAUCACCACAUAAUUCAUUAUCUGAAAAAUUAAAUUUUGAAUCACACUCCACCACUAACAAGAGUAUUAAAUCAUCAUUUUCAUCAUCAAUGAUAUCAAAAAUUGGAUUUGAUCCAACUAAUCAAAAUAAAUCAAAUAAAUCAAUUACAAAUAAUUCAAAAGAUUUACAAGAAUUAUAUCAAUUAAGUUCAACUACAAAAAAUGUAAAAUCUUUAGAACCAUCAAUUGAAGAUAAAAAAUUAAAAAUUGCAAAAUGGAAACAAAACUUAAAACAAUUUAAAUAA